AUGGCCAAUCAGUCGGAUGCUAUGUUUGUGCUGGUUGGAUUCCCGGGGUUACCUGAGAUGUACCAUACUGCGGUUUCUUGUGUAUUGUUUCUGGUGUACGUCAUUGCCGUAUCAGCUAAUGGCACCGUCAUUCUUCUGGUUACAUGGAAGGAACAUCUCCAUCAGCCUAUGUACAUCAUCAUCGCCAACCUGGCUUUCUCAGACAUGUUAUUUGAUACCAUAACUUUACCCAAAAUAAUAGCCAAAUACUGGUUUGGUGCUGGAACCAUAACAUUCUAUGCCUGCAUGUUCCAGCUCUUCUGUGUGCACUACUUGGGGACUUUUGAUUCAUUGAUCAUCAUGUUCAUGUCACUCGAUCGCUAUGUGGCCAUCAGCCGGCCCCUGAGGUACUCCUCCAUCAUGACUACGAGACGCACCAUCAUCAUCUGCAUGUUCCUUUGGGUUACUUCAUCUGUAUUCUCCAUGAUCAAUGCCAUCUGGAGCGCUCAGUUUCCAUAUUGUGGCUCAAGAAAAGUUAACAAUUGUUUCUGUGUAAACACGGCGAUCUUGGGUCUAGCCUGCGGUGACAACUCUGUGCUCAGAGAAACGGCAUACUACACUGGCAUGGUGGCUCUCUUAGGUCCAUUGCUUUUAAUUAUUAUAUCCUACAUCCUCAUCUUUGUCAAAGCGCACACAGUGUUGAGGGACACGAAUGGAAGGAAAGCGUUCUCCACGUGUGUCACUCAUCUGUUUAUCAUUGCUAUGUAUUACGGCCCUCGGGAGUUUGUCUACAUAACCUACCAGCUCAGAUAUGCACUCAGCCUAGACGUCAGCGUCUUGCUUCUCUGCCUCUAUACGUUUCUCCCCCACGUUCUUAACCCAAUCAUCUAUUGUCUAAGGACUCAAGAAAUCCGGCAGUUGAUAAGACGGGAGCUGAGAAGGAAGUUUGGGUUAAAUAUCGAGACGGGUGGUGGGUUACACAGCUAA